UGUGGUAGCCUGUUUUGUUGGGCACUCCUAGCUUUCCUCUACAGAGCCGGUAAUUUUUAUCCUGCCCCGGGAAACCAUGGCCGAUCAGGCCUCGGAAUCCACCCGGCCACCUCAGCAUGACGGGGCUCUACAGCAACGCGUGGCCGCCUUGGAACAGGAGAGAGCCGAGUUCCAGAAGCUGAAACAGCAGCUGGAGCUGGAGUUCAACCAGAAACGGGCUAAAUUUAAGGAGCUUUAUCUGUCAAAAGAAGAGGAGCUGAAGAGGCAGGCUACAUCCCUGGAGGCCUCCCAGGCAGAGCUGAGUCGGGUACAGGCCCAGCUGGCUGAGGCUCGUGCGGAGAUGGAGAACAUCAAAGCGGUGGCCACGGUCUCGGAAAGCACCAAGCAGGAAGCCAUCGACCAGGUCAAACAACAGUGGCAGGAGGAGGUUGCAUCGCUGCAGGCUAUCAUGAAAGAUACCGUUCGGGAAUAUGAGGUGCGGUUCCAUCAGAGGUUGGAGCAGGAGCGCACUCAGUGGGCGCAGUACCGAGAGGCCAUGGAGAGGGAGAUGACGGAGUUGAGACGCCGCCUGUCUGAAGGCCAGGAGGAGGAGAACUUGGAGAACGAGAUGAAGAAGGCCCAGGAAGAUGCAGAGAAGCUCCGGUCAGUGGUGAUGCCAAUGGAGCAGGAAAUUGCGGCUUUGAAGGCCAAGCUGACCAGCUCUGAGGAACGGGUCAAAGAGCUGGAGGCCUCCAAGGUAAAAGAACUCAAUCAUGUUUUGGAGGCUGAAAAAUCUUGCCGGACAGACUUGGAGAUGUAUGUUGCAGUCCUCAACACCCAGAAGUCUGUCCUUCAGGAAGACGCAGAAAAACUUCGUAAAGAACUCCAUGAAGUGUGUCACCUCCUGGAGCAAGAACGCCAGCAGCACAACCAGCUGAAACACACCUGGCAACGCGCUAACGACCAGUUCCUGGAGUCGCAGCGUCUGCUGAUGCGGGAUAUGCAGCGCAUCGAGAGCGUGCUGUCCUCAGAACAGCUUCGUCAGGUGGAAGAGAUGAAGAGGAAGGAUCAGGAGGAAGAUGAGAAGGAGUGGAUCAGUCAGGCUAAAGAAGCGAACGAGGAAGAUGGGACGGAACCCGCAGAGACAGCCGAGGACUCCCUCCUCGGCCUCUCCAUGGAAGAGAACCAGCAGAAUCACAGUAUCCACAGUUCUUUACACUCCCUGGAUGCAGACACGCCGGCCCGUGGGGACGGUUCUGACCCUUAUAAGGACGGCCUGAGGAGGGUCCAGUCCACGGACAGCCUGGGCUCGUCGGGGAGCGUCCUUCAGGCCCACGGGCUGGGUGGCCAGAACCACAAAGCCAAGUCGGCCAGCCACCUGGACGAGUCGGACUUUGGCCCGUUGGUGAGCGCCGACUGCGGGGGCAUCGAGAGUCCGGAGACCUCCUCCAUCUGCUCCCUCCCCCAGCCCACGUCAGGUCACUUUCUCCUCACCAAGGACCAAGAGAAGGCCAUUAAAGCCAUGACACCUGAACAAGAGGAGACUGCCUCUCUGUUGUCUAGUAUUUCACAUGCCCCUGACACAGCCUACCUGCCGCCGGCUGGUUAUCGCCUCGUAAGUGACAGUGAGUGGAAUCUACUGCAGCAGGAGUUGAAAAAUGCGGGGAGGAAGUUGGGCCGUCGUUGUGAUAUGUGUUCCAACUAUGAGAAACAGCUCCAAGUCAUCCAGAGUCAAGAGGCCGAAACACGGGACCAGGUGAAGAAGCUGCAGGCUAUGUUGCGACAAGCUAACGACCAGCUGGAGAGGACGAUGAACGAGAAACAGGAGUUAGAAGAUUCGGUCAAACAGAGCAAUGAGGAAACCACUGCUAAGGUCUCAACACUGAUGCAGAAAGUUCAGGACUCUGAAUCUCUGCUCGGUGCUCUCCAGCAGGCUUUCAGCCAGGCCAAGAGGAACACACAAGAACAGAUGGCUGUACUGUUACAGUCCAGGGAGCAGGUGGCAGAGGAACUGAGUCGAUUACAGAAGGACAAUGAGAGUCUUCAGGGCAAACACAGAUUGCACCUUGCCCUGCAGCAGGAGGAAGACUUCCAGAUGCCCACUACUGUCCAGGAACUCCAGUCUUUGGUGCUGCAGUUCCGGGAGGACAUUGUUUCUGUCCGCACGGCGUCGGAGCACUUGGAGGAGAAACUGAAGGCGGAGAUCCUGUUUUUGAAGGAGCAGAUCCAGGCGGAGCAGUGUUUGAAAGAGAACCUAGAAGACACAUUACAGCUGGAGAUUGAAGGCUGUAAGGAGGAGAUAGACAUCUUGGAAGCAUCAUUUUCCAGCCUGAAGACAGAGUUGGAGCGCGUAAAGAGUGAGAAAGAGCAGUUGGAGAGCAGCCUCGCGGAGAAGAGCCAGGAGCUGGACGGCCUUCAGGGCCUGAAGAGCAGUCUGGAGGAACAGCUCAAAGAUGCACUCGCCAGCAAGACAGCGCUGGAGACACAGGUGUUUGACGAGAAGGACAAAGCUCAAAGGCUGCAGACAGAGUUGGAUGUCAGCGAGCAGGUGCAGAGAGACUUUGUCAAGCUGUCCCAGACCCUACAGGUCCAGCUUGAACGUAUCAGACAAGCCGACUCCUUAGAGCGCAUUCGCGCCAUUCUCAACGACACCAACCUGACAGAUAUCAGCCAGCUCCCUGAGACAUGAUGCUGCUCCGCUUUAGCUCUGUCUCCAAGACCAACCCCUCCCUGUCCUGGACCUCCAGCCCGUUACAUC